UAAAAUUUUGAAAAAAAAAAAAAAUUAAAAGCAAUUACUUAAUGAAAAUUUGUGAAUAGUGUGAAAAUCUAUUUUGAACAGAAAACAGUUUAGGCUGAAUGCAACAAAAUCAAAAAUAUGACAUUUCCAACAACCAGAUCAUCAAAAGAAAGUUCAAAAUGCGCGUACGUGAUAUAUACACCUGCAUGUUGUGCAAGAUGCGUCACUCCUUACGGUACUGCCCUAAAUUUGUAAUGAUGAGUGUGUCAGACAGAAGGAUCGUUAUCCGCAAAUUUAAAUACUGCAUCAAUUGUCUUGCGAGGAGCCACACGAUAGAAAAAUGCCAUUCCGAGGAAACGUGCCGCAAGUGCAGGUAUCAACAUCAUACUAUGCUGCAUCCGAAGCCUACUCGAGAGCCUAAAUCCGAGAGGAGCACAGAAGUCAGCAUAAAUCUCCGUUCUAGACUGGGUCAGCAGUCACAAAAAGUCAAUAAAACGUCGCCUCAAGGUCAACAACGAUCUACAACCUUAAGAAAGACCAAACAACAACACAGCAAGGUACAAAAGACGGCCAAACGAUACCCCAAGACAAGAAAAAAUAAUUUACCCAAUAUUAUGCAACCAGAUCCGAUGCUUCUUUCUGAGGCCAUAAAGUCUUUGGCGUCCGUGCUUUGUGCAUCUUCUGUUGCACAAGUGCAAGGCCGGCGCCAUGGACAAAAUUGAAGUUUUGUCCUUAACUAUUUACAUGAAUUUGAACUAUUUAAAUGAAAUUGAAUUUCCUAACGUCUGUUAUUGUGAAUUAUCUAAGAGAUGUAUUUAAAUUUCCCUACCACAUAUGCUAAGUGGUAAUAGAAUAGGCACUUAGUUUGUAAGUACUAAAAUAUCUCCCUUUCGUAUGUGAAGUUACACUUGCUUCACUUCUGGCACAACCACGAAAAGGUGAGCAUCUCUUCUCUUCUCUACCUUUUUAUUACUUUAAAUAAAAUUUAUAACGUUGAAAGUUGAA